AGCGCAUGCGUACCUAGAAUAAGAUAUGAAAGGAGAAAACAGCUGGUUCCCCUCACCUCACGUCUUGAAUUUUCUUGGUGUGUACAAAAUCCAACUAUUUGACAAGUGAUUGUUUUGGUAAAAUUUAAAGUGAUUGUCCUAAAUAUUUAUUGUGAUGAUUAGAAAUGUAUCAUAUGAAGGGCAUUGAAGAAUUUGAUGACCUUAAAAGCGUUUGAAAAUUGAAAAAAUUACUAUUUUAUUAAGUCAAUCAAAAUGGGCGGAGUAGUAAGUUCUGGACAGAAUAACGAUGAUUUAAUAGACAAUUUGCUUGAAGCAGACUAUAUCAAAACGCCUAUAGUUGAAAGAGUUUUUCGAGCUGUUGAUAGAGCAGAAUAUUUUCUGCCUGAAGGCAGAGCUAAUGCUUAUAAAGACCUUGCAUGGAAAUACGGUAAUUUACACUUAUCAGCUCCAUGUAUCUACAGCGAAGUAAUGGAAGGGUUGUGUCUAGAGCCAGGUUUAUCAUUUUUAAACCUUGGUUCAGGUACAGGGUAUUUGAGUACAAUGGUAGGACUUAUUCUUGGUAGUUACGGAGUGAAUCAUGGUAUAGAGUACCACAAAAAUGUUGUUGUUUAUGCUAACAAGAAAUUAGAAGACUUUAAGAAGAACUCUGGGGCUAUUGAUGAAUUUGAUUACUGUGAACCCAAAUUUAUUCAUGGAAAUUGUUUGUGCCUUACCACUGAUUGCAAUGCUCAGUAUGACAGAGUCUAUUGUGGUGCAGCAUGUCCAGAACAGUACGAGACUUAUAUGAAAAACUUGCUGAAAGUUGGUGGUAUACUGGUGAUGCCUUUGAAUGAUCAAUUAAUGCAAAUCAAACGAACUUCUUUAACUAAUUGGGAAGUAAGAUCACUGUUGCCAGUAUCUUUUGCUUCAUUAGUACAGCCUGCUGAAGGCUAUCAAGAUUGGGUUCAUCCAAUUGAAGUGGAACCAAUGACUCUCCAAAGUUUGUGCCGCUCAGCUAUAAGAAGCAUCCUAAGAAAAAAUAUAGAAAGAGAACACCCACCUGUAAAGAGAAUUCCAGCAUUUAAUAAGGCCCCAAAGAAGAAGAGAGCUCUGAGAAGACUAGUUGUCCCAUUGUUUGAUUCAGAUGACAGUUCUGAUGAGGAAAGACCAAUUCGAAUUAUUGGGGCCAGAAACCGUGAUGCUGGAAGAGCCACUUUUCGAGAAGAACGUGAAGGAUUCUUGAAUUUUGUUUUAGGUUCCUUCAGAGAAGGAAGAUAUCUAUUUACAGGGUCUCAUCAAGAAGGUGCGAACAGUAGCAGUAGAGAAAAUAACACAGAGACAGAACAAUCAAGUGAAGAUAAUAGAAUGGAAACAGAUACUACAGAAUCUGCAGAAGAAAUGGGCCAAAAAUCAAAAGUAGAAACUAAAAUUGAAACACAGGCUGUUAUUGAACAUAAUCCUUGCACAAGUACCAGCCACACUAACAAUGAAGAAACAAAUCAAUCUACAGAAGAGCCUACUUCAAGCGAUCAGACCAAACCCCUAGACACUCAAGAAAAUCAACAAGCCACUCAACCUUCACAAGACGAUGCACAAGGUGAUGAAGUCCUUGAAGAUACACUAGAAUCCAUUAACGAGAUUCAUAACGUCUUCAUUGAUGUCCUCAAUGUCUUGAGAAGAGAACGAGGUGUUUUAGACGAAAUUGAAGAGGACAAUGAAGAAAAUCAUGAUGCAGAAGCAGAAACGAGAGAUAAUAUAAAUGAAAAUCAUGUUGAAAUGGACCAAAGCGGACCUAGUAUUGAGAGUAAUAAGAACACAAAGAAGAGGGAGAAAUUUGACAGCGGUUUGGGAGAUGAAAUUGUAGAGAACCAUAGUGAUUCUUCUGAUGAAGAUCUUGGUGAAGACCUACAGUCAAGUAGCGGUGAUGAUUCUGGUCAGAAACGCAACAAACGCACUCAAAAAUCGGAAAAAAACAUUUCAGCCUUAAAAUGGCGUCGCAUCGAAGCUGAUAUUCACACAAUGGUUGCUGAUAGUAGCAGUGAAAAUGAAAAUGAAGAAGAACCGAAGAUCGACAACGAGAUGAAGAUGUAUAAGAGCCCCUACACAGAUCACUUGAAAUCAAGCAUACAGCAAUUGCCCUUGCCAACAAUAUUGAAAAAAUACCUCAACUAUUAUAGGGAAUUUUGAAUUUAAUUUUGUUUAUUUUUGAAUUCGAUUGUGUCAAUAAGUGCUGAAAUAUUUUUAUACAUAUUUCAAAAUAGCUUGAAAAUAUACCAAUUUAAAUCGUUAAUUACCAACUGAUGCUUUACAGUUUCGGCAUAAAUAGUGGUGUUGCCUCUUAAUUUUUUUAAAUAUUUGAAAUAUAGAAUUAAAAUUAGGUAGGCAAUUUAUAAUUUUUGGAAAUUAUUUUUAAUUAAUAACAUAAAGGUUUUGUAUUUCUAAAAUUCUAUAGUUUUCUACAACAAAUUUCUACUCGGAGGAAAGUGAUUUCAUGUUUUUUACGAAUACAUAUUGGGACCUGAAAAUAAGCGAUACUACUCUAAUUUAAUUGAUGUUUUAUUUUUCAUGUGCUUUAAUGGUGUUUUAAGUUAGUUAUUUCAUUUGAAAUAAUUUAUUUGAUAAUAAAACUUAAAAAUAUAGAACUUUUUGUCCAGGUAACCACGUUACUAAAAAACCAAAAACUCUAUCGGUACAAAUACAUACCAUAUUUUAACAGAAUGGUAAAUAUUUAUAUCUCGGUGCGUAACCUGUAUGGUGCAUUGUGUACAAACAUCUCGUUAAAGGGUUUCAUCCUACUAUCCGGAGAUGGUAAUUUCGAAGUUUUAGCCCUAGUAAAUUGAAGUAGUUUAUUUUUUAUAAUAGUUUAACUAAAAUUAGACAAGGAAACUUGUUUUAUUUGUUAAUUUAAUUUAUAUUUUGAUAAGAUGUACUAUUAUUCCUGUCUAACCUAAACAAAAAUAAAACAAAAUUGGACAUAAAUGCGCCACUUGAGUUUGCAACGGUGCCACAUCGUUGUAUUUUAUUGUAGAAUGAUACAACUGUUGCUGAAAGUUUUGGUAAAAUGAUUUUUUUUUAUUUAGAAAGAAUGUGUAUUAUGAUGAUGAGAACAAUUAACUGACAGAUAUUUGUAUUGAAAUAAAUAUAUUUUAUCAUGGUAGGUUAUGUUACUCUUAAUAAUUCAGCCAAUCAACUUUAUAUGAAGAAUAUUUUUUACCGAUAACUUAACUAUGAAUAUGGCUUUUAUAGAUUGUACUAAUGAUUCGAGAGGGCAUCCGAUCGCAGUGGCUCCAGACUGUGUCUAGUCGGUACAGUAUAGUCAAGAGUUUUAAUCGAAGCUAAAGCGAAGAUAUUUAAAACAAUUUCACCGGUCAGAUUUAGUUCAGAUUUUUAAUUUUUUUUUUUUUCAUAAGUAUGUAUAAUAAUGCUUUAUCAAAGGCUCCGGACCGUACACGUUAGGUAAUUUGGUUAGUUUAAUUAAAAUUAAAUGGAAUUUUAAUUUUAUAUGAUUUUUACCCUAAGCUUUUUAAAACAAACAAAAAAUAUAUGGUUUUUAGAAUCAGUUAUUUUAAAUAAUCUUGACACUUGUAAUUUAUUUACCAUGUUGCUUCAAGACAUAGUUUGUCAUAAAAAGUGGAUGUUUUUGCACAUUUCACAUAUAAAAUUGAGUUUUUGAUUAGAUUUUUCUCGAAAAAUACUGGAUUUUCCGUAAAUUUUCUUUCCAAAAUUUACUUUAGGAACUUGUUACUUUUAAGUGUUUAAAAUUUAUUUGCAAAAUUUGUACUCCGGAUUCCUCGAGAGACCUGCAUGGGUACAAAAUUUGAAAAUUAGAAAGCCAGUUUCAAAAUGUAGUGAGUUUGUAAGUUCUCAGUAUUUCAAAGAAGAUGAUAAUAGUUUAUUAAAAGUUAUCAAAAAUUUCUUAAAUUAACAUAAAUAAAUACAAGAAACAAAAAAAAAUAAUUUAUUGAGAAAAUAUAAUAUUUAUUAAAAAAUAAUAAUAUAGUAAUAAUGCAAAAUGACUUUUCGUUUAAAAAGAACAAUAUACAAACAAAUGUUUUUAAACACCUAUACAUUUAAACAAAUACAUUCACAUUUAAAAACAUUUAUCUUUGAGUAGUUCCAAUGUCAAGUGCAGACAGCGCUGCGAUCUUAAUUUCAGCUCCCAAUACCCGAAAUGUCCCUAAAUCAGACACAUUGUACCUUGUCUACUUUAAAAUGUAACGACAGAUUUUAGAAUAUUUAAAUAAGUUACUUCAGUUGAUUUUGAUUUUUCUUCAAUCUAGUUUUUGUUCCUGAUCAGUUCAAUGGACACUGUCCUCAUUCGGAAACAUAUCCGACCUGUCCAUAUAUAGGGUGAUCAGUAAGUAUGUGGCCAAAUAUUAGAGUGUAAUUCCUUACUCAAUUUUAAGACUAAUUGUAUAAUCGCGAAUUUAGAAAUACAAAUAGAACUUGAUUCUAAUUUGUUAAAUAUUAGUAUAAUAAUUAUUGCGAUUCUUGGAAUAAAAGUCAGUUGAAUCUUAUUCAUCAAAUAUAAUACCUCUAAGUCAGUUUUAUGUUCACAGCUUAGCAACAUUUUGAAUAGAUAUUAAAAAAAUAUAACUUAAAACUUAUUCCUCAAAUAUAAUAUGCCUUUACAAAAAUUUAUUUUGUUCACAGCUUACCAAAACGUCUCGAAUUAGUAUAAUCACAACACAAUUGUUCUUGGAAUAAAAGUAUUCAACUCAUUUAUCUUGAAGCUUUUUCAUCAAAUAAUGUAAUAAUACAUUUACCAGGUUUGAAACGUCUCGACUAUUAAUAUAAUCCAGAUUCUUUGUUACUGAUAUCUGAUCUGUAUACAACUUGUGCAAUUACCUGAAAUUUUGGAUAAAAAAAUGUGUAUCCUAAAGUUGUUAUUGUAAAAAAAAUAUAAACAAGCUCUUAUUGACACAUUCUAUAUAAGUAAAUAUAAACAUAUUAAUAGCUUAGCUUAGACUAGAGAGGUGAGAUUCGUUUAGUUUUAAAUGAUAUAUAAUAUAACCAUUUUUUAGGUUGAACCGAAAUAAAUUAGUAUAAAAUACACAUUUUUCAAUUAGGUAGAUUGUCUAGAUAUUUUUAUUUAAAAGUCGAAAACAUAAAUUGAAAAUGAAAAAUUGAUAUCCUUUUAUGGAGCAACCAAAGUUCUUUUCAUUUAUAUAGGGUUUAACAGAUUUCAAUACCGAAUGUUCCAAAUAACAUUGACCCAUUUUAAGUGGCCCCAAAAAUACAGCACUAAAGAAAUCGGUUUUAAUUGUCCUGCUCUGUAUGUUUCUUGUAAAAAAAAAUAGAUCCAUGCUUUUAUUUUGUUAUCCAUAUUUAUUGCCCAAACACAGGCGUACAAAAUCCCUCUUGUACUCGUGGAGAAACUGUGUGCCACGUUGGAAUAAAACUUUGUUUGAUUAACACGUUGACUGCCGGCGCGCUUUUUUAUUGCAAUUUACGUUCGGGCCGGAGACUUAUUCCAAAUGUGUUUAUAUUUUGGGCCAUGCCGCGCAAAUAAUGAAUUUCCAAAGAAAUGUUCAAAUUUUUAUUACCCCUACAAUAAAAAUAUCGGAAAUGUGUCUCGGUCAUAUUGACCAAGCCUGGCCCUGUGUGGAAGUUAGUAAUUGUUCUAAAAUAUUUUUUGGUCAUAUAGACCGCAUCGGCCUGGAGAGCUAAUUUCUCGGUCAUAUUGACCGAGACGGCGGUUAAAGUGUUAAAAUCAAUUAGUGAAAAAUGUAUCCAUGUGUAAAUUGUUGUUUUGCAGGAAAUAUACCCAAAACUAGUUUAAAUUACAACUAAUACCGUCUAAGUACGUUUUCAAACCUUGAGACAUCCACAUCCAAUUAUUUUCCAAAUUGUAUUUCAAGCAUUUAUACCGAAAAAAUUCUGAAAUAUGUUGUAAAUAAUGUCUCUGAAUACUAAAUAAAAUGACGUUUAAUUUUCUCUGUUAAAAUGGGUCAAUUUUCUUUGGUGCAUGAAUGCGGUCCAUUUUGCUACUUUGUUCUAAAACUUCUUUGAAUCAAUUACCAUAACUUAUUACAGUUUACAAUAUUACAAAUAUUCUUGUAAACCAGUGACCUAAGCUGAAUAUAAAUAACCAGUAAACGAUUUUUUAAAUCUAAACAAACUACCUUAAAGGUAAAUUAGAUAUUAACCAAUAAUUACAUGAAUAUAAAAAUUGUCUGUUAAAAUUCAAUUUUAUACAUAAUUAUUGGCGGAAACUACAAAAAAGAUGUGUUUUAUUUGUUCUUUUUCUUUUAGUUAAUGUAUAAUCAUAAUGUGAUAUUUAAAUUUAUAUAUUUUUUUUUUCUAGAAGAUGAAACACUAACCGUGAUGUUUAGUAAAGCAUGGGAAAAUUAUUCUAAAAAAAAAUGUGUCCGUUAGAGUUUCAGCUUGUUGAUUCGUCAAGAAACUUUUAUUUGAUAUAUGUUCUAUUUAGUUUACUCACAUAUUAAGGAGUUUAUGUAUAAAGUACUUUAAUGAUUUAGAGUGAUAUGAUUUAUGUUGGAAAUAAUAAAUUAAUUAUAAUAG